UUUAUAUCCUUCCUUUACAGUUACUGGUAUUGCUGAACCGGGUACUCUAACGGCCAUCAUGGGAGCAAGUGGUGCAGGUAAGACAACAUUGCUGAACACCCUCAAUCUACGUAGCCGUGAAGGGCUGGAGGUGUCCGGUAGUAUCUUGGUGAAUGGUCGCCCUAUUGGUCAUCAGAUGGCCCGUCUAUCUGCCUAUGUCCAGCAAGAUGACCUCUUCCUGAGCAAUCUGACGGUCAAAGAACAUCUUUUAUUCCAAGCGAGGGUGAGAAUGGAUCGUGAAAUACCGAUGACAUCAAGAGUAUAUCGAGUGGAUGAAGUAAUUCGCGCGCUUGGUUUGAGUAAAUGUUCGGAAACUGUGAUCGGAAACCCUGAUCGGGGAAUCAAAGGAAUCUCGGGUGGAGAGAGAAAACGACUCUCAUUCGCUUCAGAGGUUUUGACGAAUCCUUCCCUCAUGUUUUGUGACGAGCCGACGUCGGGCCUAGAUUCGUUCAUGGCUCAAAACGUCGUCGAGACCCUGCGCGAUCUCGCCUCCGAAGGUCGAACAAUCCUCUCCACCAUCCAUCAACCGUCUUCCGAGGUCUUCGCCAUGUUCGACAGAAUACUGUUAAUAGCUGAAGGGCGUACGGCUUUCAUUGGUACAACGAAGGAAGCAUUGCACUUUUUCAGCGAAUUGGGUUAUGUUUGUCCGAAGAACUACAACCCAGCCGAUUUCUUCAUUCAAACGCUAGCCAUUGUACCGGGAGAAGAAAACGAAUGCAAACUUAAAGUUGAGGCAAUUACCGACGCGUACAACGUGUCAGAAAAAUCGAGGAAAAUACGCGCCAAGAUUCCACCUACCAUGACUAACGAGCUUCAAGCUCUCGAUGACGAAGUAGAAAAGUCACCGUACAAGGCGACUUGGUGGCAACAAUUCCAAGCGUGUAUGUGGAGAGCGUACCAGAAUAAUAAGAGAGAACCUUUGAUGACCACAGUAAGAUUUACACAAACAGUGAUCAUCGCCCUCAUCCUCGGCUUGGUCUUUUUAAAACAGCAUAUCAAUCAGGAAGGAAUUCAGAAUAUCAAUGGCUGUAUCUUCAUCCUCAUCACCAAUGCAGCAUUCAGUAACACCUUCGCUGCUGUUCAGAUUUUUCCUUUGGAAAUGGCGCUUAUCAAACGAGAGCACUUCAAUGGGAUGUAUCGGGUUGAUGCGGUCUUCUUAUCCAAAGUGCUUGUAGAGUUACCAUUCCAAUAUCUCUUUCUACCCGUCAUCUUCAUCACAAUACCAUACUGGCUUGUUGGUAUGUAUCCUCACCUAUCGAAUUUCGUGAUCGCCUGUAUAAUUUCCAUUCUAGUAACAAAUUCAGCUGUUUCUUUUGGUUAUUUACUGUCAGCUAUGAGCGGGACUGUAGCCAUCGCCUUGGCCAUAACUCCCCCGCUGCUUUUACCCUUCAUGCUGUUCGGUGGUCUCUUCAUAAAUCUCGCAGAUAUUCCACCAUACAUUCGCUGGUUGUCACGAUUGUCUUGGUUCAGUUAUUCAUUUGAGGCAUUUCUCAUCAACCAAUGGGAAGAUAUAGACCAUAUUGCCUGCCCACUGAAUGAAACCCUCCCGUGUAUAUCAAAUGGCGAUUUAGUUCUGGAAUCUUAUUCCUUUUCAAAGAACGAUUUGGCAACGGAUUUCAUUGGUUUAUUUGGUCUGAUCAUCGGCUAUCGUCUGGCAUCUUAUAUCAUCCUUCUGUUCCGCUGCCGACGAAAGAAGUGAAGAAAACAUGGCAAAUUUCACGUUUUAAACACUACGCAAGAUAAACACUAGUUAUAUACUAGUAUAAGUUAAAUACUAUAUACUAUAUACUAGUUGAAUACCAGUUAAGUACUGGUUAAAUACUAGUUAAAAUUAAUUAAAUACUAUCUACAUAAUAGUUAAGUACUAUUUAAAAAUAAACAGAUUAAAGGGUCAGAUGGGUGCAACUGUAGUUGUCUUAGACAUAUUUGACUAGUUUUAAUCACAUUUCAAUAUAAUAUAUAUACUACUUUCUGACUAAUGAUAUAUCGGGGGGAAAUGUGACACUAUCAGUCGCACCCGUCUGACUUCUAAUCUAGUUAUUAUUUUAUUAUAGGAGGUCGUCCGCGGUUGACUUUAAUAUCAGAGGCUACAUCAUCUCAGGUUAUUAGUUCUUGGGCGGUUGCAACUUCCCUCUUCAAGUUUGACCAAACAGAACUAUUCAAUAAAAUAUGGUGUACAUAACAUAAAGAUGACGCAAUAUUGACAGAAGUCGAACAAAAAUUAGAACGGUAAUCAAUUAUUAUGAUGAUUUGAAUAAAUACGCAUAGAAUAAGGAAUUAUAAGGAAACACCCUUGCCAAGCUUGCAAUAAUUAGAAUUUAUACAUUGCUCUAAAUCACGAUGCACCGUUAUUUGCAAUAGACACGAACUCUGUAAAAUAGGACAUAAAAGUUAUAUAUGAUGAAACUAUUGCUACUAAUUUAUCAUUGAUAAGAAAAUUGUAUACUAUUAUAAACCAUGGUGCCAAUCGUACUAAUUUUUGUCUCACCUGCAUAGCAGAGUGAGACUAUAGGCGCCGCUUUUCCGACGGCGACGGCGGCGUCAACACCAAAUCUUAACCUGAGGUUAAGUUUUUGAAAUGACAGCAUAACUUAGAAACUAUAUGGACCUAGUUCAUGAAACUUGGCCAUAAGGUUAAUCAAGUAUUACUGAACAUCCUGCCUGAGUUUCAUGUCACAUGACCAAGGUCAAAGGUCAUUUAGGGUCAAUGAACUUAGACCAUGUUGGGGGAAUCAACAUCAAAAUCUUAACCUAAGGUUAAGUUUUUGAAAUGUCAUCAUAACUUAGAAAAUAUAUGGACCUAGUUCAUGAAACUUAUACAUAAGCUUAAUCAAGUAUCACUGAACAUCCUGCAUGAGUUUCACGUCACAUGACCAAGGUCAAAGGUCAUUUAGGGUCAAUGAACUUUGGCCGAAUUGGGGGUAUCUGUUGAAUUACCAUCAUAACUUUGAAAGUUUAUGGAUCUGAUUCAUGAAACUUGGACAUAAUAGUAAUCAAGUAUUACUGAACAUCCUGUGCAAGUUUCAGGUCACAUGAUCAGGGUCAAAGGUCAUUUAGGGUCAAUGAACUUUGGCCAAAUUGGGGUAUUUGUUGAAUUACAGCCAUAAAUUUGAAAGUGUGUUGGUCUAGUUCAUAAAACUUCGACAUAAUAGUAAUCAAGUAUCACUGAACAUCCUGUGCGAGUUUCAGGUCACAUGAUCAAGGUCAAAGGUCAUGUAAGGUCAAAGAACUUUGGCCACGUGGGGGGUAUUUGUUGAAUUGCCAUCAUAUCUCUAUAAGUGUAUUGGUCUAGUUCAUAAAACGUGGAAAUAAGAGUAACCAAGUAUCACUGAACAUCUUGUGCGAGUUAUAGUAGUUUUCAAAAUCAGCACUGCUGCUAUAUUGAAUCGCGUGAUGCAGGUGAGACGGCCAGAGGCAUUCCACUUGUUAUUUGAGUGACACCAAAUAAAAUUACCUUCAUAUACAUGCAUGUAGCGAAUAACCCAAGUCUGAACAGUGAAGAAUUAUUGUUACAAAUGUCGAAUGAAUAUACACCAUUGUUACAGAUAAUUUUCAAAAUUUUAUAUUUUCUUAGUGAACAUCGAAUUCCUAAAGAUUUGAUUGAUCGUUCUGAUGAAUUUUAAAGAAAGAAAUUACAUUGUUUAAACAAUGAAACCAAAUUUACGUGGGUCUAUUGAAUCUAUUUAUUUUCCUAAAUGAGGAUAAAAAUGAAUGAGAUUUAUACAUGUAUACUUUUACUUUAAUUCAUUGAAUUAAGAUGUGUUUUUUUAUCAAUCUAAAAGAAAAUUGCAAUGAAUUUGAAAUUUUCUCAAAGGUGUAAAAUAAAUGCAUGCAUCCUUAAAUAACUUAAAAGAUAAACAAAAGGGGUAAAUCACAAGGCUUGAGAAGUGACGGUGUUUUAUCUAAAAAGUUACAAAACAAUGU